UACACUCUCAAGCCGCGACCGUUUGUUGUGUUGCGAAUCAGUGUAGGUUCAAUCGUCCAGCGACGAUCACGCAGCCAUCGAAUAAAUAUUAUUCUUCAAACACUUCGACGGCUUCCUAUUAUUAUUAGUCUGACGAAUGAGAAAUGGGGAAUUCCAUGAGCAGAAAAGAACAGCGAGCAGCGGACAUUCGAACAUCGUUACUAUCCUACUCGAAACGACGAGAUCCAUGGGGACCCGAGUACCGUGCUUCGGCCGUAUAUCGUGGUGUUAAUCGAAACAAUCGUCGCCGGUCUGGUGGUGGUGGUGGAUGCUGUAGAUUCCUUGGCAAAUUAAUCUUCCUGUUAGCCCUCGGUGGUGCCAUUUGGUACAUGUGGGUGUUGGUGAAACAAUACAGCCAAGAUUGUUUGCCGAAAUUCGAGAUGAACUGUCUGAAUGAAUCCGUAUUUGUGCACUACGCGAACUGUACGAUCAACUACUGCAUGUCACUGUCGCAAAGUUUGACGCAACUGUGGAAUAAAACAGUUUCCAGUAUUCAACUCAUGACCGAUUUUAAGAACUAGAAAUGUGUACUUGUAUAUAAAUGUGUUCAUGAACAAGAGUGUUUCGAUAAAAUUGAAGGAAAAUAUAACUCCUCUAUAUCUCUCUAAACAACA